GGCGCUUUUGAAAGCCGAGAGGCGGAGGAGGAGGAGGAGGGACCACCAGCGGGGCCAAGAGGCGGGACUGAGAGCAGCAUCAGAGGCGCUCAGUCUUAGGCGAGCGGGCGGCCUGAGAGGCUCCGAGAGAGAGAAUUGGGAUCCAAGACAGACCUGUAGGCCACUGAUUUGAAUGCAUAGGCCGCUGGUGAAGGAUGUGUGGCCGUACAGCCGUUUCACUGGGAGCAGAUCGUAUCCGCCGUGCCUGUGCAUACCGUGAUACCCAAGGGAGGAGAAGGCAUCCUGAAUGGAAAAAUGCUGACCAGUAUGAACCAUCUUACAACAAGAGCCCACAGUCUAACAACCCAGUGCUCCUCUCCCGAAAGCACUUGGAGAAGGACGCUGGAUCUUCUGAGCGGAUUCUGAUGGCCAUGCGUUGGGGGCUGGUUCCAACCUGGUUCAAGGAAGCUGACCCAUCUAAAAUGCAGUACAACACUUCCAAUUGUCGUAGUGAUACCAUGAUGCAGAAACUCUCCUAUAAGGGACCUCUUGUAAAAGGCAAACGCUGUGUGGUACUGGCUGAAGGUUAUUAUGAGUGGCAGCAACGUAACGGACAGAAGCAACCCUAUUUCAUUUACUUUCCCCUGAAUGAGCAAGAAACGUUUAUCAAAUCUGAUGCGGAGGAGGAAGAUCUGAAGGAGGAUAAGAGGCUACUCACCAUGGCUGGCAUUUUCGAUUGCUGGGAUCCUCCAAAUGGAGGAGAAACACUAUACAGCUACACCGUCAUCACAGUAGAUGCUUCUAAAGCUGUAAGCUCCAUCCAUAACAGGAUGCCAGCUAUCCUGGAUGGGGAUGAUGCUGUUAGUAAAUGGUUGGACUUUGCAGAAAUACCCACACAAGAAGCACUGAAGGUUAUCCACCCCACAGAAAAUCUUGCCUUUCAUCCAGUGUCAACCGUAGUGAACAAUUCACGAAACAAUUCCCCAGAAUGUAUUGUACCCAUUGAUCUGGAUGUGAAAAAGGAAACCAAAGUUAGUGCAAGCAGCAAAAUGAUGCUGAACUGGUUAAAAAACAAAUCUCCCAAGAAGGAAGAGGAGAAAGAAGGUGAUUUACCAAGAUGGUCCAGUCAGUUCAUCCAAACGCCAGCUAAAAGGACAAGUACAAGCUUCAUGGACCAGUGGCUCAAAAAGGAAGACAGAGGACCUUCACCAAAGCAGUCCAAAUUUCUGUGACUUAUUUAUCCAUUCCUUGUAUUCAGGAGCAAAAUAACAGACACCCUCCCCCCACCCCAGCACAUUAGAUAUGUUCUUACUGGACAGAAUCUUUACAUGUGUCAGUUUUUACUGAUUUGAGUAUCUGGUGUAGGGAUUUCUUACUUUUCGCUGAUGUCAAACAGGUUAGCCUUGACAUUUACAAAUAAAGUAUUUUUAUUAUUGUUA